GCGAGGAGAGGGGAAAAAAAGCGCAACCAGACAGAAGCUCAGUUGCUAUUGGGUGACGACCGGUCUCUCACUCUCCCCCCUCUUCGAUUCCUCUAUCACCCCUCUUCCUCUGGUUUCGUCAGACACCAUGACGUCGACCUCCGCUCUCCCUUCUCACUCCUCGCCUCCCCCCGACCCCACUGCCUCUCCUUCUCUGCGUAUCGGUGUGGAUCCCCAUCUCUCGCCGCCAACGGAGGCUCACAGUAUCAGCUAUCUCCAAGCGUCGCCUGGUGCCGUGCCUGUCGUCGGUAUGGCGGUGUUGACGGCGAGUCACGGGCACCGGCGCACGAUGACGCACACGGUGGACUUGGAGGAGGACGGAGUCGUGCUGGCUCACGUGGAGGUUGAAGGGGAGAGCGGUGGGCAGCAGAUCGGGGGAGGCACUGAUGAUGGACUGGAAAAGGUAAGGGGCAGGCACCACGGCAUUCGGCUUGUGGUUGCAAAUUUUGGUCAGUGCUCAAGAUGAUGCAUUGUGUAUGUGCUCAGGGGGAAGGGGUGCCUUGUGCUAAGGCAACGAGGACUGGUCGUCGUGACCCGUUGAAUCGCAUCGUGUCCAUGCUCUUCGGCUCGCAGACGCAGUAUGGCAGCGUCUUCCUCAUGCUCAACAUCUGGACAUACGUCUCGCAAGGUGCGUAAACGAGGCAGAAUGAGUGCGAUGAUGUGGCUGAAGAUGUACUGUGUUGCUGGUCGUCCCUUUCAAGGCUUUCGCGGCCCUUCUGAGCAGGCGAUGGUUUGGACAGCGAUGCGUCAGGGUGCCAACCCUGCUGCCGUGCAGGCGGCCAUUGGCACCAUGAUGCUCCCCUGGGUGCUGAAACCUUGCUACGGUAAGUUUCAGUGCGCGACGCAACGACGGGACGACUCGAUGGGCUUGUCGUGGUGCGGUGCAGGUCUGCUGGCGGACACAUUCCCGAUCUGCCGUCGCCACAUAAAACCGUACUACCUUAUGAGUGCCGCCCUUGCCAUGACGUGUCUUGCGUGUGUGGCGUCCGAGAGCAUCACACCCGACUGGACAAACAUGGUCAGCGCCCUCCUCGCCAUGGAAGUCGGUAAGUUAGUUCUCGACAGCCCAAGAUGAAGCGUGCCUACAACCAGCCCGUGUGUGAGUUUUCCGUGUGCAGGCGGUGCGUUUAUGGAUGUGUUGGCUGAUGCACUGGUGGUUCGCGAGGCCAAGUACAACGACAGUGGCAGUGGAGAUGUGCAGUCGAUGUCUUGGUUCUGCCUGGCUCUUGGUGCGAUCCUCUCGAUGUUCGUCUCAGGUACCCAACCACUCGCACCACCGAUUUGGAUAACACAGUAAAUGCACCUGUCGCCUGUCUGGUUCGUGGUGGUCCACGCAGGCGUCCUGUUUGAUGCCGAGAUGCAUCGGGUUUUCGUGGCGAUCGUGGCAGGGGCCCAGUCCCUCGCCUUCGUGCUGAUGAUCGCCUACCGGGAGAGACCCACGCCCACUCCAUUUACCUGGAACGUGCUCAAGACGCUCUCCAGCAACCUCUGGGCAGUGCUCAAGACCGUCAGCAAGCCAAUUUGCUGGCGACCGAUGAUAUGGUUCUUCUUUGCACAAGUCGCCUCGUUCUCACUCAGCACACCUCUGCAGUGGAUGAGGAAAGAAAUCGGGUAAGUCCGCAGACGUAGAUCGACGGACGGACGGACAAACGGAUGGAGAGAUGGGUGCAUGAGGAGCGCCGAAGAAGCUGUUUACUUUUACGCAUCUUCCGUCUUGUGUGUGCGAAGGUUUUCCGAGGGUCAGAUCCAGUACGCCAGUGCGGUGAACUUUUUGUUCCUCAUGUUGGGCACGGUUGUGUACGGGCGGUUCCUGCAAAAGGUGACGUUCCGCAAGAUCUGGUUCGGCACCACCCUCAUUCUCACCACUCUCAUCCUCCCCGACUACAUACAGGUCAGGACCAUGCAAAAUCAUGCUCCUCCUGACGUCCUCUGCAUGCGUUCAUCCGUAUACGUAGGCGAGUCGUCUGAAUGUGUCGUGGGGCAUCCCGGACUGGCUCUUCCUCUAUGGGGCCGACAGUUUUGCCACCUUUUUCGAUCGUAUCUACACUAUGCCCUUCCUCGUCAUGGCCGCGCAGCUGUGCCCGCCAGGACUGGAGGCCCUGCUCUUUGCAGGUACAAGACACAAGAUGGAUAGGCAUCGAAUGACCCCGCGUCCCGUCUUGUGUCAGGUUUGAUGUCGUGGAGCAACCUGGCGACCAGCUGCCAGCGUCACCUCGGCGCGGCCGUGCAGUCGUUGUACGGUGUGACGGAGGACAAUUAUCUCGAGAUGCUCCCGAGCCUGAUCCUGAUCAAGGCGGGUUGCACUCUGGUGCCCCUCCUCUUUCUAUUUCUGGUGCCCAACACCUGCUCCAUCCUCACGGACGCCCAGAAGGAGCUCUACGGCGUCAACUUUGACAACCAGAGCACGAACAAGGCCGACAGGCAGCAGACGGAAGAGGCUACCACUGUUAUCGAGGAAGAUGAGGCAGUUCCGGACGCCGUCAAGGUUCCCCAUGGCAUCUCUCUUGAGCGCUCCCAAUCCACCAUCACUGGCGUCAGCAGUGUGGCUCAGGCCGACAACGCCAGCAGCGGCGCGCAGGUGGACAGAGAUACGAGCGGCACGACCGAGGAAGACCCGCAAGAGGGCCUAACAAACCAAGACGAGUGAGGUUUUCAGUGGUAAGUCGUCAGUCGUUCAUGUACGGGAAAGAAAGAAUUUCUUGUAGGAAUCAGUGUAAUCAGUGUAGUGAUAGAUCUGCGUCUGGG